AUGACGGACGCGCUGCUGCCCGCGGCCCCCCAGCCGCUGGAGAAAGAGGGCCACUGCUACUUUCGGAAGGGUUGCAAUCCCCUUGCGCAGACUGGCCGGAGCAAACUACAGAAUCAGAGGGCUGCCUUGAACCAGAAGAUCUUGAAAGCCAUGCGGAUGAGAACAGGAGCUGAGAACCUUCUGAAAGCAGCCACAAACCAAAAGGUACGAGAGCAGGUGCGCCUGGAACUGAGCUUCUUGAAUUCAGACCUGCAGAUGCUCAAGGAAGAGCUGGAGGGGCUCAACAUCUCAGUAGGAGUCUAUCAGAACACAGAGGAAGCAUUUACGAUUCCCCUGAUUCCACUUGGCCUGAAGGAAACCAAGGACGUUGAUUUUUCAGUCGCUCUCAAGGAUUUUAUUCUGGAACAUUACAGUGAAGAUAGCUACCUCUAUGAAAAUGAAAUAGCAGAUCUCAUGGAUCUCAGACAAGCCUGUCGGACGCCCAGCCGAAAUGAGGCGGGAGUAGAGCUGCUGAUGAGUUACUUCCUGCAGCUGGGGUUUGUCGAGAGCCGAUUCUUCCCACCCACCCGACAGAUGGGGAUCCUGUUUACCUGGUAUGACUCUCUCACCGGGGUUCCGGUCAGCCAACAGAACUUGCUGCUGGAGAAGGCCAGCAUCCUGUUUAACAUCGGAGCCCUCUAUACACAGAUCGGCACCCGGUGCAAUCGACAGACAGAAGCUGGGCUGGAGAGCACGGUGGAUGCCUUUCAGAGAGCUGCAGGGGUUUUAAACUACCUGAAGGAGACGUUUACUCACACUCCAAGCUACGACAUGAGCCCCGCCAUGCUCAGUGUGCUGGUCAAAAUGAUGCUGGCACAAGCCCAAGAAAGCACGCUUGAGAAGGUCUGCCUCCCUGGGCUCCGGAACGAGUUCUUCCUCCUGGUGAAGGUGGCUCAGGAAGCGGCCAAGGUGGGAGAGGUCUAUCGGCAGCUGCACGCAGCCAUGAACCAGGAGCCGGUGAAGGAGAACAUCCCGUACUCCUGGGCCAGCUUGGCCUGCGUGAAGGCCCACCACUAUGAAGCCCUGGCCCACUACUUCACAGCCACCCUGCUCAUCGACCACCAGCUGAAGCCUGGUGAAGAUGAGGACCACCAGGAGAAGUGCCUGUCCCAGCUCUACAGCCACAUGCCAGAGGGACUGACACCCUUGGGCACCCUGAAGAAUGUUGAUCAGCGCCAACUACUGGGGAAAUCCCAUCUGUGCCGAGCUGUUACCCACCACGAGGAGUCCAUGAGGGAGGCCAGCCUGUGCAAGAAGCUCCGCAACAUCGAGGUGCUGCAGGAGGUGCUGUCCGCGGCGCGCCAGCGGUCCCAGCUUAAGUACUCUCAGCUCCGGGAGGACGAUGACCUCCUGAACUUGACGGAUGCUCCCGACAUCGUCUCUAAAACUGAGCGAGAAGUUGAAAUUAUACUCCCACAGUUCUCCAAAGUGACAGUAACAGACUUCUUCCAAAAGCUGGGUCCUUUAUCUGUGUUUUCGGCUAACAAGAGAUGGACGGCUCCUCGAAGUAUUCACUUCACUGCAGAAGAAGGGGACUUGGGGUUCACCCUGAGAGGAAACUCCCCAGUUCAAGUCCACUUCCUGGAUCCAUACUGCUCUGCUGCGGAGGCAGGAACCAAGGAAGGGGAUUAUAUUGUUUCCAUUCAAGACGUGGAUUGUAAGUGGCUGACGCUGAGUGAGGUUAUGAAAAUGCUGAAGAGCUUUGGCCAGAAUGACAUUGAGAUGAAGGUCGUGAGCCUCCUGGAUGCCACAUUGUCCAUGCAUAGUAAAUGUGCCACCUACUCUGUGGGCAUGCAGAAGACGUACUCCAUGGUCUGCUUAGGCGUCGGUGUUGACGACAAAACUGAUAACACCAAGAAAGUCUCGAAAAAGCUCUCGUUUCUGAGCUGGGGCACCAACAAGAACAGACAGAAGUCGGCGAGCACCCUGUGCCUCCCGUCAGUUGGUGUCGCAAUGCCUCCGGUCAAGAAAAAGCUCUCCUCUCCCUUCAGCCUUCUCAACACCGACAGCUCUUUGUACUGACGUGAAGAAGUGAGAGCGCUUC